AUGGAGAGCCGGAUCUACUACAUCUCGCAGGCCUCUAUAUCUGAACAGCCUUCUGAGGAAAACUGGACCAGGGACCUCAUUGCCCUGACUCCAGUUGAGGGAAACUUCAGAAGCAGGCCAGGCCAGGGGCCUGCGCCAAAGCUCUGUCAACAACUAAGUGCGGCCCUCUCUGGUGCAGGGUGCCUGCCGGGUACAGUCGGGGAUGGGGGGAAGGGCGCAGAGCAGCGGCGUAAGUCACUGCCCAACCGAGGCCACAGAGGCCCCGACGUGCAGUGCGUCCGCGGCCGCCAGGGGGCUGGACGAGGGCGGCGCCUCGCCCCGAGCGCGGCGAGGCGGAGACGCGGCGACGCUGGCGACGCCUGGUCCCGUGACCGCGAACCCGCCCGCAGCUGCGGCCGCAGACAUGCAGUCCCCGGCGGUGCUCGUCACCUCCAGGCAGAUGCCAGGCACCCGGAUUGGGGUCCGGAUCUGACCAGCUCAGCCCUGCAGGGCAGACCUGCGGUGCUAGGAGGCGGGCAGGGUUGUGGAGAUGGCCAAGGAGGAGGAGGAGAGGGCCAGCCUGUGGCCCUGCAGGAGGGCAACACUGCCCUGGAGGACUCAGGAAACCAUGUUCUCCUCUCAUUCCAGGUCUCCAAAAAGUAUAGCGAGAUCGAGGAGUUUUACCAGAAGCUGAGCAGUCGCUACACAGCAGCCAGCCUGCCCCCGCUGCCCAGGAAGGUUCUGUUUGUUGGAGAAUCUGACAUCCGGGAAAGAAGAGCCAUGUUUAAUGAGAUUCUACGCUGUAUUUCCAAGGAUGCCCAGUUGGCAGGCAGCCCAGAGCUGCUAGAAUUCUUAGGCACCAGAUCCCCAGGAGCUGCGAGUCUUGCCAGCAGAGAUUCCUCCAUUCUGGAUGGCACAGACAGGGACAGGGAUGAGGAGGAGGCCUUUGACUUCUUUGAGCAGCAGGACCAAGUGGCAAAUGAGGGUCUGCCUGUGCUGGGCCCGAAGGGCAAGGAUGCAGAGAAGUUCUUGGAGGAAGAGGAGGAGGAGGAAGAGGAAGCUUUGGAUCCUCUGGGUAUCAUGUGCUCCAAGAAAUCCAAGAAACGCCCUGAAGUGGCCACAAAGCCCAAGCCUUUACCUCGGUUCACCAUCUUUGAUGAGGACGUGGACCCUGACAGGGAGCUCUUUGACCCAGGCAGGAAGCUGUCCCCCGAGAGUUCCUCAAAGAACAUGCCUCAGGACUCCCUGAAGCUGUUUGACGACCCUGAUCUCGGUGGAGCUGUCCCCCUGGGUGACCCCUUACUUCUGCCAGCCACUCAUGAGAGUGGAGGGCUCACGUCUAGCCUGGACUUCAGGGAUGCCUCUGAGGAACUGUUCAGAGUUGAAGAGGACUUGGACCAAAUUCUGAACCUGGGGGUCGACCCCAAACCCAAGCCUCAGCCAAAGCCCAAGCCCCCAGUGGCAGCAAAGCCAGCACUGCCCAAGAAACCAACUGUACCCCCUAAGGUAAGCCCAUCCAAAGAUGAGACUGGGCCACAAAAGCAGCAACAGCAGAUCCAAGCCAUGGAUGAGAUGGACAUCUUGCAGUACAUCCGGGACCAUGAUGCACCUGCUCAGACUUCUCCCAGCCUCUUCUGACCCCCAGCCCAUGCUGUGUCUGGCACUGCAUUUCCUCUUGUGGAGGCCUUGUGGGCCAAGACCUUGGACUGCAUAGUUCCCUUUUCUCUUGGGCUAUGUGCUCCAUGAAGAAUCCCUACAGAAUACAGAGUAGAGGACAACAUAGGAAUCUAAGUCCACUUUGUCCCAGUCCAUGUAGACAUGAAGGAGAGAGUAAAUGUAGGGAUGUCUUGCUUAGCAGCAGCCUGGCCCCAAAAAUGAAGUGAGACAUGAGGAGGCCCCAAGGAUGAAGUAGGAAACCUCCUACCCAUGUGUGUCAACUGACUGUGCCUUCCCAGCAUGGGAAGGAGUACCUGCUGACCUGAGCCUGGAUAUGCAGGAGUACCUGCAUAGCUGCUGAGGCCUGGAGGGGACACUGAGCAGAAGAGCCCAGCUGUCCAGGCUUUCCCUUCACAGCUCCUCUGAGCCUCCACUAGUUUCCAUCUAAGGGGAGAAAUUGGACCCAUCCCUACCUCUCUGGAAUAUGGAAGCUAGCUAGGCCCCAGGUCUUCCUUCCGCUUCCUUUCCCAGGAAGAACCUGGCCAGCUCUUGGCCUCUUUGGGCCUCUGAACCCAGAGGCCAAUGUCUGUCAUUGCAGCUCUCAGCCAAGUGGAUCAUGACAUCCUCCAGAGCUCAGCCUGGGCCCAGUGCUUGGCGUGGGCUUCCAGCCUGACACUGCCUCCUACUCCCCAUGCAGCAUAGUAUUCUCAGGCUUUUACUCCAAGGCCUUGCCUGUCCUCAGGGUCUAGACUCAUCUAGUAGCUUUUCACCAGGGAGCCACCAGCUCAGGGAGAAGGAACUGUGCACCAGGGCAGGCCAGCGCCUCAGACAUUUCAGACCCCCAGAGCCCAGGCACACAGGGCCAACACCACAUGGUGCUCAGGAAACUCAGUGAAUAGAUGAUGUUUCAAUGAGCAAAGAAUGUUAGGUGGCCUUUCUUUGAUAUAUUUUUUAUGUUCAGAGCUAAUUUUUAAUGAGACAAAAAUUUUUUUAAAAGCAUAACUCUCUUGUUCUGUUUGCUCUGUCCUGUCUGCAAGAGGCAUUGGAAGGGCUCACUAAGCCAUGACCUUUUCCAUUCCCAGUUGGCUCCAAAACCCAAUUCCAGAGGAGCCUCCAAAUGAUGCCGGCCAAUUGUUUGCCGCUGUCAGUGUCUGGUGUCCCCAGCUCCUGCCUUGUGCAGGACCUAUAGGGCCUGGUUGGGAGCACCAGUUCUGAUCUGUCCUGUGCCUUAUCAUGUCCUUCUCUAGCUGCCUAGUCCUGAACAGGCCACCCACUCACCCCUCUGUUCAUGCCAGAGUGAGAAGACAGAGGUCCUGUCCUCUGCCCUGCACAGGUUGGAGGGUCCCCCUCCACAGGGCCUAGAGCUGGUUUGAGGACAGUUUCUGCACCACCUCUCACUUCCCUUUUGCCUGCAAGCCUUAACACCCUCCACCUCUCAGUGCCCAGCAACCAGCCCUGUGUCCACACCCCCUGCCAUCUGUAGAGGAAGGCAUCAGUCAGUAGGAGGGGUGAGGCCAUGUGGCCAGGUCUUCCUCUGAAAGAUCACCUAUCUCUGGCCCCAGCCCUCUUUCCACUCCUUACCUUCUUCUUUGUGCCCUAGCCACCAGCUCUCUGUCCCUCAUUUCCUCCCUCUCCCCUUCCCCCAAUUUGUACCUCUUUGAGUGACAUAGUAAUAGAUGGUACUUCAGGCAGGUCCAGUCACCUGGCUGGGAUCCCUGAUGGAACCUGGCCUCCCACUGUCUGAUGUGGGUUUGUCCAUUGUGGGUCCAGCCUCCUCAGUGGCCUGGAGCUUUUUAGACACCUCAGCAGAAGCUUUUGCUCCCAAACUCCAAAACUCCUGUUGUGGCUCAUUUUCACCACAGGUUUGUGACCCACAGCUAGUCGCUAUCAUCCAGUAAAGUCUGUGUGUGUGACUCAUUCAACAUUUAUUAGUGUUCUUUUCCUUGUGUGGGCUGAUAGGAGACAGCAAGGUGUGUGUGUGUGUGUGUGUGUGUGUGUGUGUGACAAGCUUUGCAGGCUGACAUCUACUGCAGAACCAAAAGUGGGUUUCCAGGGAGCCAGGGAGGCUGUGGGUAGGGCAGACUAAGCUGACAUCAAGGCCUCUCUUCCCCCACAGUGGGAAUCCUGUAGGCAGUGUUGAAUUGGAGUGUCGUUCCCAAGGGCAAACCAUUAGGCUGUUCUGAGGACUGCUUGACCCAAGAGCAUUGAGAGUUUGCUGUGGAAGAGAAACUGAGAGGUUGAAUUUGGACAACAGUGUUUGUUUAUUUUGAAGGCUGUUGUGAGCCUGUGGACAGGAUGUGCUGCUUAUGGCUGGGUCUACUGCUCCCUUCCUCCCAGCAUUGUCCUUUUCAGGAAGUCAUGAACUCAUGCUAGUCCUUAUGGAAAAUCCCAGUCUUAGGGCUGCCCUGGCUGGCCUAACGUCCUGGGAGUCACUGAAGAGUACCCACACAUUGAGCUCUGCUCCCACCACCAGCUCAAUGCUCUGUGUAGACCUCGGCUCACCCUUGUGUGCUCAUUGGGUUGCACUGAGGCUUGGGUCCUCAUGCCAGAUGUAGGCGAGACAGCAAAGUCUAGCUGCUGUUUGGGGGCCCAUGGCCUUCAUGCCUGUCACCUUUAUGCCUAGUUUAUAUUGUGUUGACACACUGUGUGGUUGAUUGAAUUCCCAGUGUUAGGCUGAUGUGCAAAUUCCUGCUUGGUUCUCCAGCUCACCUCCUGCACAGCCGAGCACAUCUUGAGAAAGGGCCACAGAGUCAUCAAUAUGUCCACUGGGUGGUGGCCCUAACUGGGUAUCAGCCACUUCCCAAUACUCUAUGUCUUCAUGUAGACCGAUAGCUGCCCAAAGUCCGAGUCCCUUUGAGUGGCUAAGCCUUCAGUUAUGGCUUUGGAUGGUUCCUCUCCCUGCAGACUUCUGUCCCAAACCAUCCUCCACUCUGCGCCCUCAGGCCUCAGGGUUGGGGAAAAGUGACCAACGGGCUGGUGGUGGGAUGGCAGCGAAAGCCAGCUGGUCAUCAUGUGGCCUACAGCAUCUUGGUGAAGCAGCAGUCAGGCAAUAUGGUUAUGAAAGGGCCUGGGUUCCAGUCCAGCUGAGCUAUGGGAUGUCCCUUACAGAGUACUGAAUGAGAUUCGCCACUGGGCUUAUGUGAACAUGAAGUCCUAUCCAUGCCUGAUGGAGUUUCAGUGAGCUGGUUACCCUAGUUACUCACACAGGGACCCCUGUCCAGUACUAACUGGCUACUAAUCCAAAGUGGCAGUGACCAGGUAGGUGGUCAGAGCCCUGUCAGCUUCAGCUCAGUGGAGCAUCCAGCCCAGUCGUUGACUGUUGAUUCCAUGCCAGGCAUUGUGCAGUGAAUACAACACUAUGCGUAAACAUCUGUCCCUCUCCUGCCUGCUGAUCUCUGGCUCUUGCUUUGCAUGGCCCUGGCCACUGGUGAGAGCCAAGGGAUUGCAUUUCCGGGGUUCUCCUCAGAAUAAAGCUGCAGAUUCUGGCAUGAGGAUUACGGGCUCAGCACAUCGCUUAGUAAGCAGGCUCUCUAUUGAUAACUUUCAGAGGGCCGAUGCUUCUCUGCCAACUCAGCCUUGGAAUCACAUUUUUGGUAAAGCUGGAUUAUCACCCUCCAGCCCAGCUCACUAGUCGUGUUGUCCUUUCCUUAUCUCCAAACACAGUAUUCAGUGUGCAGCUCCAGUGUCCUGUCAGUCCCAGGGAAUUAGGUUGGGAGAGGCCUAGGAGAGCAAGAAAAAAGCAGAUCAGCUGUCCUGGUCAUAUCAUGCUGGUGGCAGUGGCAGGGCACAUGAACACAAGCCAUUGGGAGCAAGACAAGGACACAGACCAUGCAGUACAACAGAGUAGGAGUAAGGGAUCUGGCAGGUAGACCUUUGGUGUUCAGAGGGCAUGAGAGAGACCAGGCCUCUGCUGGCAGUCGGCAUUCCCAUGGAUCUGUUGGCUGCAGGGUCUGUUCCAGGCACCAUGGAGGGCACAAAGCUGGAAAAUGAGCCGUUAAAACCGGUCCUACCAGGAGCCAUGCUGAGCUGCUAGCUUUAGUUCCAUUCUUUGGGUCUCCUGUCCAACCAUCAGGUGCCAGUAAUAGAGGCGCCUCCCCCUCCACCCACCCUAUCUGUGCCCCAGUUUCUCCCCUCUCUGUCACCUGUCAGCGUGCACAGUUGAGGAAA